AUGUUGGCAGAAAUGAGAAAUGUCCCAAGGUCGCCACCCAUUCAGUCAAAGUUUCCAGACAAAACCAGAUGGUGUGAAUUUCAUCGUGGGUACGGGCAUUAUACAAACGACUGUUUUAAUUUACAGAACGUCAUUGAACGAUUGAUCAAAGAAGGAAAGUUACAGAAGUACGUGAGAAGAGAUGUAGAUGGUAGCAAUGAGGACAAAUCUCGACGACCAUACCGUAGUCGGAGCCCACCAGGAGGAAGAGGACAAGAGGCAGGCAAGAUUCCACAACAAAAGCAAACAUCUCCCAAUCAAGUCCAGUUGGGUCACGUGUGUACUAUAGCCGGGGGGCGAGCAGGAGGAGGAGAGUCGAGUAAUGCUCGAAAAAAGCAUUUAAAGAUGUGCAUGGCCAUUUCAUAUAAGCCGCGUUUUAAGGAAGAAAGAAGGAAGACAGGCAAACAAGUAGUUUUUGAUGACCUGGAUGAUGAGAUAAUUGAUCCAGAGCACGACGAUCCUUUAGUCAUUUCUGGGCUGCUAGCAAAUUAUCGCGUUGAUAGAAUGUUGGUAGACCCGGGGAGCUAG